AUGAGUUUUAUAAUACCAUAUGCUAUCAAGGCUCCCUAUUAUUGCCGUCGAUGUCAUAUAUCGGUCCCCUUAAAGAGAUUAUUUUACUCCAUUGAUGGCGUUAGUUCCAGUCGAACACCUUUGGAAGAAUAUAAUCGACUCGUGGAAAUAAAAAAAUUAAGAGAUGAUCCCCAUCAAAGAGGGAUGAUUGAAUCAUUAAGUGAUUUGUAUGAUUCAUUAAAGAACUACGAGCCGCCUGAGAUCAAACCCGUUAAAAUAUCAUCAUUAUCAUCAUCCAGUUGGAGUAACAGGUUAUGGAAUAUAUUUGGUAGAAAAGGCCAAGGGAACCAACCGUCCGUGGAAAUAGAUGAUUCUGUACCCAAAGGAAUAUAUUUGUAUGGAGAUGUUGGAUGCGGGAAGACGAUGUUAAUGGAUUUAUUUUAUUCCACUGUCCCCACGCAUUUAUCGAAGCAAAGAAUUCAUUUCCAUCAAUUCAUGCAACAUGUACAUAAGAGAUCGCAUGAAAUUGCCAAGGAACAUGUAGAAAUUGGGAAAGGGAAAGUCACUGACAUUGAUACUAUUCCUGCGCUUGCCAGCGAAAUUGCUAAGGAAUCCAAUGUUUUAUGUUUUGAUGAAUUUCAAGUCACUGAUGUGGCAGAUGCUAUGAUUUUGAGAAGGUUACUUACUUUGCUUUUAUCUAAGGAAUAUGGAGUGGUUUUAUUUGCCACAUCCAAUAGAACUCCCGAUGAAUUAUACAUCAAUGGGGUGCAAAGAGCUUCGUUCAUACCUUGUAUUGAAUUAAUAAAGCAAAGGACAAGAGUAUUAUUUUUAAAUUCUCAAACUGAUUACAGAAAGAUUCCUAGACCAGUGUCAUCUGUUUAUUACUUCCCUCGCAAUGGAUUAAAAUAUAAUUCGAAAGAGUGUAUUCAAGCUAGAGAAGCUCAUAUUAAGGAAUGGUACGAUUAUUAUACACAAGCUGCAGCAACUGGUAAUGAAGGUGAAGGAGACGAGUUAAUACAUAAGAAAUUUGAAGAUUUUACAUUAUCCAUUUGGGGGCGUCAAUUUAAUGUUCCACUUUGUACACCUCCAUGUGUAGCACAAUUUACCUUCCAUGAAUUAUGUGAUGAACCACUUGCUGCCGGAGAUUAUUUGGCGCUGGCCAAUAAUUUCCAUUCAUUUAUUAUUACAGAUAUUCCAUAUUUGACAAUAUUAAGAAGGGAUGAAGUGAGAAGAUUUAUUACAUUUUUGGAUGCUGUUUAUAAUAGUGGUGGGAAAUUGGCCACUACAGGUGCAGACGAUUUUACAUCAUUGUUUGUAGAGCCUGAAGAUAUCUUGGAUGAUUUUACUUUGAAACCAAGUAAGAAACAGAUGGAAAGUAAAGAAAGUUCAUUGAGUAUUAAUGAUGAAGAAAUGAUUGCCAAGCAUGGAUUUUCGUUGGAGAUUGCUAAGAAAUCGCAUAUCUUUGCAUUAGAUGAGGAAAGGUUUGCCUUUGCCAGAGCGUUAAGUAGAUUAUCGCAUAUGAGUUCUACUGAUUGGGUAAGCAGACAACCUUGA